AAUACAGUACUUCGUCGAAGUCAAUGAUUUGUUUGUUGUUAGUAAAAGCAACGAUAGAUGAGUAGAACAUCUUUGGUAAAAGUAAUUGGAUGUGCAAAUGUUGGCUAUCAAUAGAAAACGGGUUUAGUUUGCUAGCUACCUAGUAUAGUAUUAGCUAGCUUGCAUGCAGAUAUCAAACUUUUUAGCCACGUUGUAAGCGCUUAGUGUAUAUUCUAGGCUUGGUCACUCUAUCUAACGUUAGCGUCAAACUCUUUAACUAGCUAACAGUAGCUUGUUCCAGUGGCUGUUUUUCUUUGCAAACUAGCAAUGGAUAACAUUAUUGAUCCAGCAUCAGAACAAGGUCUCCCUCUGUUCUCCUUGCGUCUCCUGGUUCCACCUCUACGCCUGAUGUCAGCUUUCAUGUGGCAAGUGGCUCAACAACGUAAUGUGAUGCAAUAUGGGAAGCUGGAGGAGUUUGUGACUUUUGUGACAGAGAUGGUUCCAGAGCUGCUGAGCUCCAGGCAGAGGACCCAACUCAUCCUGGGACUGAGAGCAAGGCUGGUUUUAGAGUUGUGUUGCAGUGCGGGAACAGCUGACCUCCUGACCAUCCAGGCCCACCUGGACAUAAUCCACACUUUGACAGAAAAAUCCUUACACAAAGAGAGUCAUGGUGACAAAUUGGAGGCUUCAGAUUCUAACUUUGUGGAGCUAGUCCAAACCCUGCUGGGAGACCCUUCUGAGAGGGAGCAUUUCUUCCAGGAGGUGUUCCCAGUCCACUAUGGCCCUCGGUAUGACACAGCGCUGCAGACACUGGUGUGGGAGUUCCUCUCCAGACUGGAGGAGCUGCUGCCUGUACCAGACCUCACGCAGACAACAGCAUGGCUCAGUGCUGCCCCCUCUGUCCUGGAGGGAUGUGGACAGACUGUCUUCGACCCUGAACAAUUGAAGACAGUGCUGCAGCACCAUCAGCGUCAUGGAAACCUGAACAAUAGUCAUGUCUCUAAAUACACUGCAGAUACCAUCCUGUCCACACUGUCCCUCCCUCCAAAAAUGAGAGUUGUUAUUAACUACGAGCCAGACAACUCUGACAAUGGGAGGCAAUAUUCAGAUGAAGAUGAAUGCAUAGAUAAUGGGGUAGAGGUCUGUGAAUAUGAAGACCACAAUGAAAUCCUGGAUGAAAGCACUGAUAGAUGUUUGGAGGAUCUAGGACUUUCAACAUCAGAGCAACAGGAGGGUCUGCCACCUGCAGAGACCUCAGUGUUGGUUACUCCAGUACCCUGUGAUGAAUUUAACUUGGAUCGUUCUCUCAACGUAAUGGUGAAUGCUGACGAGCCAUCCCAGGUUCUUACCUGCACUCUGCCUCCAUUCUCUCACAGUGAAAUGGCCAACCCCUGCAAGGACAUCAAGACCGACCAAGUAGAAAAGGACAGCAAGCAGGUUGACAAGAAAACAAAGGUGGUCAGAAAGGGGGACAAAAAGGUUGACAAGAAAGAAGAGGGAUCCCCUGCACCCCAAAACAGGACUCAUACAUGUGAGUGUGGGAAGGUUUUCAAAAAACCAUCACUGCUGACGCUACAUAUGGGAGUUCACACGAUGCCAUAUCAUUGUGACCAGUGUCCCAAACGAUAUGCUACUCCUGGGGCUCUGAAAAAACACCAGCUACUUCACACAGAAGAAAGACCAUUUGCAUGUGAACACUGUGACCGGAGGUACAGGAGUGCAUAUGAUCUCAAAGUGCACGUACGCAUUCACUCUGGGGAGCGCCGUCACAUGUGUACUAUCUGUGGUAAGAGGUUUACCCAGCAGUGUGCACUAGUGAGACACAUGCAAAUGCAUGCUGGAGAGAAGAAUUAUUUAUGUAGCAUAUGUGGUAAGGCAUUCCUUACCUUAGGAGAACUGCGGCUGCAUACACGAACGCACACAGGAGAAAACCCCCACACCUGUAAACAUUGUGGAAAGGGUUUCAAAGCAUCUUGCCAUCUUAUGGUUCAUCUGCGAUCUCACACAGGCGAGCGUCCUUACACCUGCACCCAAUGCCCCAAAUCUUUCACUACUUCAGACGCUCUUAGAAAGCACGUAUAUACUCACACUGGGGAGAAACCUCACCAGUGCUCAGAGUGUGCGAAAACAUUUUCUCAAAGGGGUAAUAUGGUAAAUCAUAUGAGAAGAGUUCAUAGACCGGUUAAGAUUCUCCAAAAGCACUCCAACAGAAAGACAGACAAAGUCUCGUAAAAAAAAAAAAUUGCGAUCGAAAGAAACCAUGUAGGAGUUAAUUCCAAUGUAAAUACUAGUAGUAUACACGAUUUUACAGGUCCUCUUUUGUAUAUCAGAUUAUCAUACCGAAACAUGUUUUUCAAUAAACUUCUUCAGAUUUG